AUGACGAAGGUACUGGAAAUUUGAAUUAAAUAAAUUUUAUUUUUUUAAGGUUGUUGUUCUUUUUCAUCCUGGUCCACCUUACUUCCAUGAUGCUUACAAGAUAUGGAACUGUUGUAACAAAAAAAGCACGGAUUUCGGCACUUGGCUGACAUAUCCGGGUUGCACAAAAAGGCAAGCACAACGACGAGAAGCCUGCGGACAUUGUCAAAAUAGCGGCCGUCAAAGAAAUCCGUCCUGAGAAGGUAAUUUUCCUGGCUUUAUAAAAAAACAAAAAAAAUUUUAGGAAGAAGAUGUGAUUGUGUGGAAGGGUUUGAACAAACCUGCUGAGAGGAAAGCAGAAGCCGAACGCAAAGAAGUCGCAUUAAGGGUAGCUUCUUUUUUUUUUCUCAAAAGCAAUAGCGCUUCUGAUAUUUAGUUUAAUUUUUCAUUGUACUUAUUGAUAGUUUACUGGAAAAAUUUAGCCCUCUAUUAUAGAUUUUUUUUAAAGGUUGAAGCCACAGAAGGAGCUCGUUUAGCGGUCGAAAAACACAAUUUGGAGACGAGCGAACUUGGAACCAGUAGUAGUCUGCGUGUAGGAGCACCUUGUCGGAAUAAUGGCUGCGAGAAGGUUUUUUCUCACGUGUUUUCUACAGGAAUUUUUAUAGCUAUUUUUGUACAGGUCUUAAAUUCUUCUCUUUUAUUUUUUCUCUAAUUUAUUAGUUGUGUGAACAGUAACUAUUAUCAAAAAUGGAAGAAAACGCCUAUUCUUCUGAGUUUUCACUUCGAGUUUUCUUGGACCAACAAAGAAUGAAGAUCGUGAGGUUUACUGUUGGAAAAAAAAAGACGUACGGAGAAAUUCAAAAAUGUUCACGGAAAAAAAUUUUUAUUCUCGCAUCUUUUUUAAAGUUCCAAACAGUCCAUAAAAAAUUUUUUAUGUGAAAAACAAAAACAAAUUGUUUUGGUUACUAGCGUCUUACUGUUUUUUGAGUUCAUAUUUUCGUUUCAGUGGCAAAUUUCAUUAUUUUCAGUCUUAUGACGGCACCAACGACGAGGAAACUUGUCAAUUCCAUCCAGGACAAGCCAUUUUCCACGAAGGUAUGAAGUUCUGGUCCUGUUGUGAGCGGAAAACCUCCAACUUCAACGCUUUUCUCGAGCAAACGGGCUGUCAAAAAGGCGAACACAAAUGGAGUUUGGUGAGUUUUGCCUUUUUCUGGCAUUUUCCGGCUCCCUUCUUAGAAGGAACUCCAGAAUGGUCCUAUAGGGGUUUUACCACUCCUUUAGGAGCCACUAAAGCUUGCGAAAGUGGUCAAUAUGGGGGUUUUAGAUAGUGGCUCCUAUAGGGGAUAUUAUGAAAUCUAAGCGAAGCAGAAGCAUGGCAAAAACUGAAUUAAUAAUAGCGUUUUUUGAAUGAAAUUGAAAGACACUUUAGGGUCCACUUGAGCUCUGAGGACUAAGGGGUCAGACCCUAAACUUCUAUAGGGACCACCUUGAUUCUACUCCUAUAGGGGCUGUUUUUCUUUAUAGCCUUUUUUUUUCCUUAUACCCUGGAAUACCUAAUUUGCUCAAACAUUCUUUUUUUUAUUAAGAAUGAAGUCGUCAACAAAGUAAGAGAAGACUGGUUUUCGAGCAACGGCGACAUCACAUUCAACAUUUACUGCCGGGUGGGCAAAGUUACAAAGUGCCGAUCUUAUACUUUUUUUCAGGGUUCUUUGCCGGAUAAAGUCAAAGUUCUAACCGAUGGUCAACUUUUGCGUGCCCACAUUCCUCAUGGAUUUGGAAAUAAGGUUUGCUUUUGAUCUACAUUUUUUACAGUUCCAGUUUCCAGGAAACGGACAUUGUUUUCGAACUAUGGGGCGAAAUCAUUCCCGAGGAAAGCCGCGUUUUGGUCGGCGAACGGAAGGUUUGAGCUAUUGAAAAAUGACUUCAAUAAAAGUUGAUUGUUUAAAAAUUUGCUUUACUUUGAGUUUAGUGUACCAAUCUUUUACAGUUCCUUUACUAGGCCCUUCGAGAACGAACAAGUUAUCUCUCUAAGAAUUUAUCGCAUAUCUCUGUACGAAGCAUAAAAAUUUUUUUGUUCUCAUAGUAAGUUUUUUUUGGAUUAGUAAGCGAGCAUUUGAAAAUUGCGAAAUUGAGAUAUUCGAAGUUUUUAUAUAAUAUUUUUCUUUACGCGGAACAGGUGUUUCUGUAUUUUUCAUCAAGGAUUUGCAGGUGGAAGUCGUUCUGAAGCAGAAAGACGCGGUCGGUUGGCCGCGGCUACGCUUCGACCCUGAUAUCGACGUGAAAGAAAGCACCGAGGCUUGA